AACAGGAGGAGCUGGACACUCAGUCAGAAGUGUAGAGUCACAUCGUUUCCCUCCAUCACAGGACGAGGAGGAAGUUCCAGGAUCACAAAACCAGCUGAAAACAGCUGAUUUCGUCUCAUUCAGUUCUACUUGUAUUAUCGUUACCAUGCUGCAGCACACCCUCCUGUCUAUUCCAGUGGUUGUCUUGGCUGUGGCCACAUGGAAAUAUCAUUACCAGAAAGAUGAGAAACUGGAUCAUCACCAGAUAAAUUCACUGUUUCAAAAACAGCCACUGACCAAAUUAAAAGAACAGGAAAAAUCCUUCACUGCAGUGAUGGAGAGGAAGGAUCUAAAGAAUGUGAUGGAUGAUCUCGAACCGCAGCCUCAGAAGAAUCCUUCAAAGCCGAACACAAAGGAGAGAGUAACCUUUGAACCGGUGCUGAACUCCCUCACUGAUGUGGCCGAGUUCAUCUCCACAGUGUCUCAUCACAUGUGCUCUGCAGGCAGCCUUACUGACUUGGCUAUUAGUGCUAUAAUGGCUGUUUAUUUGUGGUACAAAUGGAAACGUGAGAAAACAGCCUUGGUGAGUAAGAACACACAGCUUCAAAACGAGUCAGUGCAGAAAGAGAGAGAGAAGGAAGACGUGGUCGCUACACUGAUGGAGGUGAAGGCUGAGCUGGAGAACCAGAGGGCUCAGCUCCGAGUCCAGCUGGAGGAGGUGGAGAGGGGCUGGGAGGAAAACAAGCUCAGGCUUCAGUCAGUGGAGAAGGAGAUAACAGAGAGAGAGAUGACAUUUGACAAACCAGAGGAGUUGUUACGAGAGAAAGAAAAUCUCUUACAGACUCAGUGGAAACUGGACGAGACAAAGAAAAACACUAAGAGCCAGUUACUGAACAUAGACAAACUGCUGGAUCCCACUGAGUUUCAGAUUGACAGAAUAACAAACAGGAGGAGGGAUGUUGGCAAUUUGCAGUUUGCUGGGGCUGUUGUAGGGAAAAAAGAAAAAAUGAAGUGUAAUUUGUGAUUUACUGAAACAGGACACAGUGCUAAAGAUUGAUUUGUUAUUCUAAGAGCUGCUGAAUGACGACGAGGACAAAUUUUCUGAGUCCAGACAAUGUAAAGAAAAAACUGUGUAUAAGAUUUAUAAACAUCUUUGAAUGUGUCUGUAUGAUGUUAUAAUGAUGUGUUUGACAUUUAAUGUCACUUUGUAUAAGAUCAGCUGUUUGUUGCAGACGUUCAGUUCAAAUAAAAUCUAGUUUAA